AUGCACGCAUAUGGUAGUCCGGCCGCUGCGGCUUGGCAGGAGCAUCAUACUCCUGAUGGCCGAGCAUAUUACUACAACAGCAUGACCAAGGUCACGCAAUGGACCAAGCCUGAGGACCUCAUGUCCGGGGCAGAGCGUACGCUCUCGAAUCAACCCUGGAAGGAAUACACCGCCGAGGGCGGCCGGAAGUACUGGUACAACACCGAGACGAAGCAGAGCUCAUGGGAGAUGCCCGAUGUAUACAGGAAGGCUUUAGGACAAAGCGCUGGCCCUCCUAGAUACCCCCAGAACGGCGGUCAAUCCCACGCCUCCUAUGACCAUCACCAACAUCGAGAGUUUCGCGACUCGGGCUCGGAAUUCCGCCAUGGGGGUUAUCACGGAAAUGAUUCCAAGGCUCAUGCCUUCGUGCCUCCUGCGAGUGACGAACCGGAAUUUGCCUCUCCCGAGGAGGCCGAGGCGGCAUUCAUCAAACUGUUGAAGCGUAGCGGUGUGCAACCCGACUGGACAUGGGAGCAGGCUAUGCGAGCCAUCAUCAAGGAUCCGCAAUACCGGUCGAUUCGAGACCCCAAAGGCAGGAGAGACGCAUUCGAGAAAUAUUGCCAGGAUGUCAUCAUGCAGGACAAGGAACGAGCCGAAGAACGCUUGACCAAACUUCGUGCCGACUUUGACACAAUGUUGAAACGACACGCUGAAAUCACCCACUAUACGCGGUGGAAGACUGCUCGGCCAAUGAUUGAGGGAGAAACCACGUUCCGGUCGACAAGUAACGAAGAGGAGCGGCGACAGCUCUUUGAGGAGUACGUCGCGGGGCUGAAAAAGGCUCACAAGGAGCGUCAAACCAAGCUGCGCCAGAAUGCGCUCAACUCGCUCAAGGGCCUUCUCCCAAAACUGAACAUCAAGGCAUACACGCGCUGGCCCGAAGCCCAAGACAUCUUAUCCGCCGCUUUCAAGAACGAUGAAACGUACAGCGCUCUCACCAAAUACGACACCUUGGUCACAUUUCAGGACCACAUCAAGUCUCUGGAGCGCGCGCUCAAUGAAAAAAAGCAGCACGACAAGAGGAUGAAGUAUCGCCGCGAGCGCAAGGCUCGAGAUGCAUUCAAGUCCCUCUUGUCCGAACUUCGACGUGACGGCAAGAUCAAGCCGGGAACAAAAUGGAACAACAUCCAACCGCUGAUUGGGAAGGACGAUCGCUACCUGCACAUGCUGGGCCAUGACGGCUCUACUCCCCAAGAACUCUUUUGGGAUGUGAUGGAAGAGGAGGAGCGUUCCCUCAGAGGACCGAGGAACGACGUCUUGGAUGUCCUCGAAGAUAAACGGUUUGAGCUCACACCUGCGAGCGAUUUCCAAGAGUACCUCUCCGUUAUGAAGGAUGAUCGACGCACUGCUAACAUUGAUAAUGACAUAUUGCAACUGAUCUUCGAAAGGCUCCGUGAAAAACGUGCUGUGAAGCAACCGGAUGACAAGCAAUCUGAACGUCAACAAAGACGCGCUGUUGAGGACCUGAGGGCGUAUCUUAAACGUGCCGAUCCUCCUUUUGUGCUUGGCGACACUUAUGACAAGGUACGACCUCGCCUCCUCAAGUCAGAUGAAUUCCAGGCAGUCCACUCCGAAGAACUCCGUCGAGCCGCUUUUGAUAAGCAUAUGCGGCGCCUUCGAGAGAAGGAGGAAGACGAAGCCGACCGCGGCCACAGACGCAACAGUCGGCUUUCCAGCGAACGGGACGUGUCCCGCCGUGAAAGAGAACGAUCUAGAGGUGAGAGAUCUCAACGCAGUGCACGUCCUGCUAGGCGCAGUCGCAGCCCCGAACAGGAUCCAUACGAGGCCGACAGGCGGAGAGCCAUAGCGGAAAGGGAGCGAAAUCACCGCAAGUCAGCCAUGGCAGAGAAUCUAUUGAGUAGCGACCGCGGUGGCCGUCUAUCGCCGCCGCCGCCGCCGCGACGUGAACGGGAUCGAGACCGCGGAGAGAGGGAACAACAUGAACGUCAACGUGAGCGCGAACGUGACCGUGAUCGUGAUCGUGAACGCGAACGUGACCGUGAUCGUGAACGCGAACGUGAUCGUGAACGUGAUCGUGAACGUGAACGCGAACGCGAACGCGAGCGCGAAUGUGAACGUGAACGCGAACGCGAACGUGACCGUGAACGUAACCGUGAACGUGAACGUGAGUAUCGUGAUCAUGACUCCGUCCGGGACCGCGAACGUGAACGUGAUCGUGAUCGCGACUAUGACCGUCCGCCGCGCUCACGAAGGGACGACGACAGUCACUACGACCGCGAGCGCAGAGACCGUGAAGAUGAGCGAGAGCGGUUGUAUCACCGCCGCAUUGACCGAGGUUCGUAUGAUGAGCUCCCCUACGGAGAUGAGCGACCAUCGGGUUCACGACGUCGCCGACAAGAUGACGAAGACGAAGCAUCUCGAAGAGAGUCGAGAGAUUCCAAGAGACUCAAGACGGAUCGGCCUCGCGAACUGUCGCCUCAGCGUGCAACGCGCCCUCGCCCCAGCUCUCCCAAGUCCCCCCCUCCCAAAGAAGUGGUCAGGAGCGGCAGCGAGGAGGGGGAGAUUGAAGAAUAA